CGACGCUGGAUCGGAUUUAACGGGGCUCUGAAUUCCAUCUUCCGAGAGAGAGAGAGAGAGAGAGAGAGAGAGAGAGAGCGUUUUAGCGGAUUGCAGCGCGGAGUCCUGGCUUUCUCUUAGGGUAGAUCCCCUCGAGCUGUUCCCUUUCCGACGAGACUCUUCAAUUUCUGAAUUCAGAAGAAUAGAGUUACAAAAGAAGUGGACUUGUACAUUUAUCCCUUGGCUGGUUCCUUUUUGUCCUUGGCUUCUCCCUUUUGGGGUGCAAUUAGCCUAGAUGUCGUUCCGUAGUAUAGUUCGUGAUAUAAGAGAUGGCAUCGGGAGCCUGUCAAGGCGAAGUUUUGAAGUGAAACUUGGGAGUCUUUCAGGACAUCUCAGGGGAAAGUCUCAAAGCUUUGUUGCUGAGCCACAUGAUUCAUCUCCUGUUAUUCAGUCGAGUCGUUGGGCUAGCCUUCCACCAGAGCUUCUUCGGGAUGUCAUCAAAAGACUGGAGGAUAGUGAAAGCACCUGGCCAUCCCGAAAACAUGUUGUUGCCUGUGCAGCUGUGUGCAGAGCUUGGAGGGAAAUGUGCAGAGAGAUAGUAAGAAGUACAGAGUUUUGUGGGAAGAUAACUUUUCCAAUCUCAUUGAAACAGCCUGGCCAUCGAGAUGGAAUGGUUCAGUGUUUCAUCAAGAGGGACAAAUCCAAAUUAACUUACCAUCUCUAUCUUUGUCUUAGUCCUGCUGUGCUUGUAGAGAAUGGGAAAUUCCUUCUCUCGGCAAAAAGAAUUCGUAAAGCAGCACGUACUGAGUAUAUCAUAUCUAUGGAUGCUGACCACAUAUCGAGAUCUACCAAUACCUACAUUGGGAAGUUGAGGUCCAAUUUCCUUGGUACUAAGUUUGUAAUUUGUGACACUCAGCCUCCAUACAAUGGGGCUGCUAUCUGUCCACCCGGACGGACAAGCCGCAGGUUUUACUCAAAGAAAGUUUCUCCUAAGGUCCCAUCUGGCAGCUACAACAUAGCUCAGGUGUCAUACGAGCUGAAUGUUCUUGGCACGCGAGGACCUCGUCGAAUGCAUUGCGUUUUGCACUCUAUUCCUGCUUCAGCACUUGAGCCUGGUGGCACAGUUCCUGGUCAGCCGGACAACCUUGUUUCUCGCGCACUGGAGGAGUCCUUCCGCAGCAUGUCCUUCUCCAAGUCCAUGGAUCGUUCCAUGGAUUUCAGCAGCGCUCGCUUUUCUGAUAUCAUUGGAGGAACUCAAGAUGGGGAUGAGAGUAUCGAAGCCAAGGAGCGACCACUGGUUCUUCGGAACAAACCCCCUAGAUGGCAUGAACAAUUGCAGUGUUGGUGCUUGAAUUUUCGAGGUCGGGUCACCGUUGCCUCUGUAAAGAACUUUCAACUCAUUGCCGCAACGCAACCUUCUGCAGGUGCUCCUACUCCAUCCCAACCAGCACCCGCAGAGCACGAUAAGGUCAUACUUCAGUUUGGCAAGGUCGCAAAGGACAUGUUCACUAUGGAUUACCGCUACCCACUCUCAGCAUUCCAAGCUUUUGCUAUCUGUUUAAGUAGCUUCGACACCAAGCUGGCUUGUGAAUAAACAAUGAAAAACUCACUCUAUUGUCAAUUCAUCAUGGCUAUCCAAGUACAAUUUGUGUCCAUGAUAAGUAUGGGGCAACACCCCAUGCCCUUUGAUAAGUAUGCAUCUUGAUCAAGUCAUUGAAAACUUAUCAACGGUACCUUCCAAUUGUGAGCUAGAAGUUAAAAGCCUUAACUCACUAAAUACUACCAUCAAGGUAUUUACUUCCCCUAA